GUCUACAGACACUGCCAGCCUGUAAAACCAAACAAAAAAUACAGUUUUUAGCAUUUUAACGCAAGAGCAGAAUUCCUGCUGUGUUUUUUAACGUAAACAUAUUUUUCCACUGAUAAAGGCUCGGUUUUUCCCCCGGAAGAUGUGUUCCCCGGUACCGGAGAGGUCUGCCGCUCAGCUGCUGAGCGCGGCGCUGCUGUUGCUCUGGCUCUCCGGUUGUUCAAGCAUGGACGUCCUCAUGCCCCAAAACAUUAACGCACUGAAUGGAACGACAGUGAAAAUCCCCUGCACAUUCACCUCCUGCUAUAAGAUGGAUGUUGGCAAGUUUCUCAUGAACUGGACCUACCAAGAAACACUAAAUGAUACAGAGGACAUGUUCAUGACAUUCAUCAAGAAGAAAGGAAUGGUGCCUCAGCGAUCGUACCAGUUUGGAGACAGGGUCAUGUUUGUGGGGAACCUGGAUAAGAACGACCUGUCAAUCACCCUGUCAGAAGUGCAGAUCGAGGAUGAGGGGCUUUACAACUGCUACGUGAGAAACCCGCCCGACCGCAUCCAGGGACAUGGCACCAUACGUCUCCAUGUUGUUAGCGAACUUCCUCCUCCCAGAGAUUCCACCAUCGCAGUGGCGAUCGGGGCGUCAGUGGGUGGAGCUUUAGCGCUACUGAUCCUCUCCAUGGUGGUAGUGAAAUGUCUCCGUCGACACCGGAAACAGGAACUGAUUUCAGAGGAGAAGAUGGAGGAGGAGGGAAAGCUGGAUGCUGAAGGUGUUGCGGAGGAGGGAACUAAACAUCUCCCUGAAGAUCUAUAGUUACCACAGCUCAAAUCAUCUUCCAACGACACUUCCAUCCCUUCUGUGUGUGUGUGUGUGUGUGUGUGUGUGUGUGUGUGUGUGUGUGUGUGUGUGUGUGUGUGUGUGUGUGUGUGUGUGUGUGUGUGUGUGUGUGUGUGUGUGUGUGUGUGUGU